AUGCACAGAAACAUUCGUUUCCUAGACAGAUUGGUGGCGUCCAAGGCAUUGAUUCAUCAUCAUCAUCAUCGUCAUGUAGUAUCACCAUCCAUCAAUACAAUCCAAGCUAGUACAACAACAACAACAAAUAUUCAUCGUAAUUAUGCUAUUACCAAAAUUCCUCUACCAUCCCUCUCACCAACCAUGACUUCGGGAGAGAUUGUAAAUUGGGUGAAGAAAGAAGGCGAUAAAGUUAGUGUGGGUGAUAUUCUGUGCGAGAUUAGAACUGAUAAAUCAGUUUUGGAAUUUGAAUCAGUCGAGGAGGGUAUUUUGGGUAAGAUCGUUGUGCCUGGAGGAUCCAAGAACAUUCCUAUGGGAGCCACUAUUGCUUAUCUUGUCGACAAGAAAGAAGAGAUUCCAUCCAUUCCAUCUGAAUCAAGUUCAAGUCAGAAUGUAUCUGCACCAACAACAAGCACCAAGCCUUCCACCGACUCAUCACAGCCUGGACGCACACAACCACAGCAACAUGUUGAGUCAUCUUUCUCUCAUUCGGCCCCACUUUCUCCAGCUGUUCUUCGUAUUCUUCAUGAAAAUUCAUGGAUUAAUACAUCACAAAUUAAACCAAGUGGCAGGGGAGGUCGAUUGACCAAAUCAGAUCUUAUUCAAUUUAUGGCUACCAAUCCUGCUACUAAAAGCCCACAAACAGUAACAACACCACAAGCAAGUGUUGUUGUUCCACCUACUACAACUACCACCAAGACUUCACAAGUUGCUUCUACGACAAGCUCCACCACAGCAACAACUCCACCACAAAUGCCACUUACCUCAUCCUUCAAUGACAUCCCAACAACACAAAUCAGAAAAAUUAUUGCUUCUAGAUUGUUGGAAUCAAAACAAACAGUACCACACAGCUACUUCACCAUUGAAGUGAGAAUUGAUAAGUUAUUGAACAUUAAGAACAGAUUAGCGAAUGAAAAAAACAUCAAGGCUUCUGUCAAUGAUAUCAUUAUUUAUUGUGCAUCUAAAGCUUUGCAAAGAGUUCCAGAGUGUAACGUUAUUGUCAAAGGAGAUCAGUACUUACAAGCAGAAAAUAUUGAUAUUUCAUUUGCUGUUGCAACACCAACCGGUUUAAUAACACCAAUUAUUCCAAAGACCAAUACAAAAACGAUCGAACAGAUUGCGACAUCUGUCAAGGAAUUAAGCAAAAGAGCUAAAGAAAACAAGCUUAAACCAGAGGAAUUCCAAGGCGGUACCUUCUGCAUUUCCAACCUUGGUAUGUUUGGAAUUCAACAUUUUUCUGCUGUCAUCAAUCCACCUCAUGGCAUUAUUCUUGCAAUUGGAACCUCCCAAAAGAAGCCGGUUUUAAAUGAUGUUGAUUUAGAUGCAGAUACUAUUGUAGACUCAAACAUUAAUGAGGUUGAAAUGGGAACAUUUAUGAGUGUAACAGCUUCUUGUGACGCUAGAGCUAUUGAUGGAAAAUUGGCAGGCAAAUUUAUGCAGGUUCUCCGUGAGGAAUUAGAGUUUUCAUUCGCACUUUAG